GGCCAUGUAAUGUUAUACUGCCAAUCAGCUUUAAACAUUAAUAAAUACUCAAUUCUAUCUUGAAAUAAUAAAAAAAGGAACAAAGCAGCUGUAGUUGCCCUGCCACGGAAGGAUAAAUAAGUUUCAUUCAUUCAAUCAAAAUUUGAUAAUGAAUCGUGGAGUUGGAAGAAAUCUUGACAUUGCUAAGCAAACUCGUUCAAGAAGCGUUUCUCCCAAUCCAGGUCAUGGGGAAUCAAAACAGAAAGCGAAUUUAAACAAUAACCAUUCCACAAAACCCCUUAUAUCAACUGGUGAACCACUUAAAAGGAUUAAAAGAAAUGAAACAAAAUCCGCUACUGUGAAACACCCAGCUUCAAUUGCAAAUAAAGGAAUGAAAGAACCAACUACUAUCAUCAGGAAAUCAAAACAAAUCCUCUACAAAGCACCCACCAAACUAUUACUUGUAUCCAACAAAUGCAAAUAUGCAGCAGCGCUGGAGAAAUCUGUCCUACCAGAUGUAGUUGCCAUCUUAUACCAUUAUGACAGCAAUAACUUUGAUUCUUUACUUGCUCUUAUUUGUGCAUCGUUGCCUCCUGGACAAAAGGUAAAUUCUGUCGCUUUUUUAAUGACCAGUAAACCAAGUGGAAUGUUAAUGGUUCCGUUGAAUAACGGGCAAGGGAAUAUGGGGCCUACAAGCAAACUGACGUCAAAGUUAUGGCCAGGGAAAUUCUUCAAGGCUUUAUUUGAAAGAUUUGUGAAUGUGAAUGCAAAGAAUUGUCGGCUGGAUCUUGUAGCAGUUGGAAAUCAAAACCAAACCUUCAUUCCCCAACUUGAACAAAUAAUUGGAGCCCCUGUGUUUAUAUCAAAUGAGAUGCUUGGUAUGGACACCAUACUAGAUGUGGGAGAUGGUAAACAAACUGUUGGUGAAUUUUACUUUAAAUCUGACAAGCUGCGUUCAUUCAACAACGGGUCGUAUCAAACAAUCGAUUUGUUCGAAAAAAUAAGAAUGGUUGGAAAAGGAGCAUUUGGUACAGCUGUUUUAUACAAGAAGAAAGAUGAUAACUCACUUGUUGUUUUAAAAGAAAUAAAUAUGAGUGAACUGAACAGUCAGGAGCGACAAAUGGCAAUGAACGAAACGCGUGUACUAGCCAUGUUAAAUCACCCCAACAUAAUAUGUUACUACGAUACAUUUGAAGAUAAUGGGGUCUUAAUGAUUGAAAUGGAAUACGCUGAUGAUGGGACUUUAGCGCAAUUCCUCGCUAAAUCUGAAUCUGCUAUUGAAGAAAAGAAGAUAUUUUCCAUGUUUUCGCAAAUUGUGUCGGGCCUAGCUCAUAUGCAUGACCAGAAAGUUCUACAUAGAGAUCUUAAAACUGCAAAUAUUUUCCUCACAAAAGAGGGAGUUGUGAAGAUCGGAGAUUUUGGUGUUUCUAAAGUUAUCUCUUCAAGGAUUGCAGCAAAUACUGUUUUAGGCACCCCGUAUUACAUUUCACCUGAGAUAUGCGAGGGAAAGUCCUAUGACGAGAAAUCCGACAUCUGGGCGCUUGGUUGUAUACUAUAUGAGAUGGUUACACGACAACGAACCUUUGAAGGGACUAACCUCCCUGCUCUAGUUAACAAGAUAAUGCAAGGAAGCAUCCCUCCGAUAAGGGGUGAUUACUCCAAUGAUAUUCGUAGACUUAUAAAAGACAUGCUGCAGAAAGAUCCAGACUUACGGCCAACAGCAAGUGUAUUAGAAAGUGAACGAAUGCCGGAACUUCUCGUGAAGCAUGGUUGUAGUGAAAGGAAUCAUAUGAUUACAACAUCACGUGAAUCUAAUGAUAGAAGAAACCAUGAAACCACGAGAUCUGUGCUGUAUCUUUACAAUACAUUCGAUAUGCACCUUACACCUAUCGAAGGACUCCCUUCAAAAGUUAAAAUUAGACAGGUUGCUGUAGGAACCAACCAUGUAGUUGUUGUUACCACAGAAAGAGUUGUUUAUUCUUGGGGUGAGAAUGCAUACGGACAACUUGGUCAUGGACAUCUUGAACCGGUUGCAAAACCCCACGUCAUAGAGGCCUUGAAAGGGAAACCAAUCACAACUACGAGUUGUGGGUCAAAUUUUAGCGUAUUUGUAACGGACAACGGCAUCUUACUAACUUGUGGUGAUGGUAGCCAAGGAUGUUUGGGUCAAGGCAACUUAAGCAGCACCACACGACCAAGCAUGGUGGAACCGCUGUUGUCGGUGGAUGUAUCUACUGUUGCAUGCGGAGACGCCCACGUGGUGGCGCUAAGUAGUGAGGGAGAGAUAUACGCAUGGGGGUGCGGGAGUCAGGGGCGACUUGGUACGGGCCAUGAUGAUCAUUGUAUUGAACCACAUAGAGUUGCAAUCAACCAAGCUAUAAGAGAUGUAAGAUGCGGGCAUGAUGGGACGAUGUUCAUAACAGAUGUUGGUACAUUGCUUGCAUGUGGAAACAACCAAUACAAUAAACUUGGAUUGAAUGAGAGAACUGGUUUUAUCAUGAUGUUUAACAACAGAUUGAAAAAGACUGAAGUGGAAUGCAGGAAAACACCAACAGUCGUUAAAUCUAUCAAAGGAGUUGUAGACGUGGCCAUGGGACGACAUCAUACGACGGUGCUCACCGAAUCCAACCAAGUAUUAAUGCUUGGAAGCAACAAGGAAGGCCAGAUGGGAACUGGAGACAACAAACUCAGGACUUCUCCUUAUUUAGUGAAAUGUAUUAAAGAUUAUGAUGUUAUGGUUGUGGCAUGCGGAAACACAUACACUGCAGUUGGUACCUCCAAUAACAUAGUAUUAUACUGGGGGAGCAGAUUUGGACCGCUUGACAUGACAUCGCAGGGAUUGUUGCAACCUCCAUCUAAGAAGGCGCACCAUAGGAAUAUGAGCAGUACGAGCACACUCAGUAUUAAAAGCAUGUCAAGUUGCCAGCCAGAUUCAACAUCUGAAUGCAUAAGCCUCUCACCAAGUCUACAGGAUCUUAACAUGGCCGAUUCCAUAGACUUGGAAAACCACGCGAUACAAACAAACAACAAAGACUCGAGGUUGCCAGGCACCAUACUAGCGCCAGUUCCUAUACUUAAUAUACAAGGAGGACAGGAGUCCCAAGAAGAGCUCGCUCUCUUCCUUGAGAAUCUGAUCCCAUAUCGUGAGAACCUCUUCGUCCUCGUAGAGACGAACGCUCCCGUUGCUCCGUCAGAGAAGAGGAGGAAGUCCAUGAAGACGAGGAGUACAAUGCAUAGUUUAAAGGUCCCCCAGUUCCACCACUCACAAAGUAGUAACGACGAAGAUUACGUGAGUAGUUCCGAUACUUCCGAGUUAGAUGUGACGCCCCAUUGGUUGAGGGAAGAACUUGAAAACGCUGUCGUCAUCCAACAGUCCAAGAUAAAUUCAAAGACAGUGAACAAGGAACAGAAGUCCAAGGGCAAAGAUGGAUGGAAAAGUGGAAACUCCACCCCAAGAAGAAGCCCUACCAAUAAUUAUCGAAUACACCCGAUUGAGCGCCAGAAACUUAACUCAGCAAAGUCGGAUUCCUCGUCUGAUUCGUCGCAUAUCAAGUCAUCUGUUACAUCAUCGUCAAAACGACGGGAAACAAAUGGAACAGGCACACGAGGGCGAUCAAGAGAGACGUCACCUCGACCGAACAAAUCAAUGAACAAUCCAUAUAUGGGGAGGAAUCGAUCACCUAAUCGCCCGAUCCAAAGUCGUUCACCAGCGAGAAGUCCGAUAAAGCUCGCGAAGGAGGUUGAAAGAUUAUCAAUGGAAAAGAAAUCCACUCAAAAAGAGUUUGAAAAACUGAGAGAAGAGCAUGCUAGUAUGUUGCGUUCAAUACAAGAGACUUAUGAGAAGGAGAGAAUGCAACAAGAAGAACAAAUAUUGAAGUUGAAAGAACAACUGCACAGCAUUGAACAAAAACAGAUGGAAGUGAGACAAGAUCGGCCAACCAGCAGCAAGGUUUGCACCAUCCAAUAAACCGUGAAGUUUUUAAACUAAAAGUUCUUGAUUUGUUCAAGCCAAUGCUACAAGCAUAAAGCUUUUUCAUUCAUUCAUUCAAUCUUAAUAUUUCAACCAUCUUCAAAUCACCAAAGCUUAAAGAAGAAUCCCAUUCUAUGCAACACUGUGUGUUCCUCUAUUGAAGUAUUAUCCUAAUGGUGGGAAUUCUUUUCAUGCUUUCCAAGAAUUCUUGAAGGGAAUAACACUUCCAGCACAGUAAAACAAUAAGACAAUCCAAAGUACAUAUAUAGUAGGGUGGGGGAAGAUGGGACACCUUUAGCA